CGCGUUUAAACAGUGGCCGCCUGAGAACACGUACGAAACGACCGACGACCAUGCCUGCAGCAACAUCGAUCGGCGGCGACGGCAGACGGUGGUGGUGGCGGCUCCACGUGACGGUGAUGGCAACGUGUCUCGCCACCCGAGCUUGCUCGGGGGCGACCACGUUGCACUACAAGUGGGUAGUGGAGAACAUCUUCUGGUCGCCGGACGGCCAGCAGAAUAUGGUGAUGGCGAUCAACGGCGGGUUCCCCGGACCCAACAUCACCGCCAGAGUUGGGGACACCAUUGAGGUGGAGCUCAGUAACAAUCUCAACACCGAGGGAGUCGUCAUCCACUGGCACGGUAUCCGGCAGUUCGCGACGCCGUGGUCCGAUGGGACCGCUUCGGUCUCGCAGUGUGUCAUUAACCCCGGCCAGACUUUCCCCUACAACUUCAAAGUGGACAAGGCAGGGACGUAUUUUUACCACGGCCAUUAUGGGAUGCAAAGAGAAGCUGGUUUGUACGGGUCGUUGAUUGUGGAAGAGGGAGACGAAGGGCAGAAGGAGCCUUUCCAAUACGACGGAGAGUUCAGUCUCUUGCUCAGUGACUGGUGGCACCAAACUGUUUAUCAGCAAGAAGUUGGCCUCUCCUCCGACCCCUUCCAAUGGAUCAAUGAACCACAGAGUUUGCUCAUUAACGGAAGAGGACAGUACAAUUGUUCCCUAGCAUCGCGGUAUAACUCAUCAGCAGCAUUACCGGAGUGCAGUUUGGGCGGUGGCGAGCAAUGGGCUCCCAAUGUAUUGAAAGUUCUUCCAAACAAGACUUACAGGCUCAGGAUUGCAAGCACCACUUCCUUGGCUUCCCUAAACCUAGCCAUUGGAGAUCAUAACGUGACGGUGGUGGAAGCCGACGGGAACUACGUCCAGCCAUUCUCGACGACGGACGUCGACAUCUACUCCGGCGAGACCUACUCCGUCCUGUUCACGACCAACCAAAACCCCUAUGAAAACUACUGGAUCUCUGUAGGCGUACGUGGAAGGCUCCCACAGACUCCACAGGCGUUGGCUUUGGUAAAUUACCUCCCCAACCACGCGUCGAAGUUCCCCGUCUCUCCGCCGCCGGUGACCCCGCAGUGGGACGAUUACAACAGGAGCAAGGCGUUCAGCAACAAGAUCCAAGGGCUGGAAGGGACCACCCCGCCGCCUCCGGCCGAUUACGACCGUCGGAUCAUGCUACUGAACACUCAGAACACGAUCGACGGACUCACCGUGUGGGCCAUCAACAACGUCUCCUUGUCGUUUCCUCCGACGCCUUACCUCGGCGCGCUCAAGUACGGCAUCAAGGCCGCCUUCGAUCAGACCCCUCCGCCGGACACUUUUCCCGACUGGUACGACAUCAUGUCGCCGCCGGCGAACCCCAACGCGACGACCGGGAACGCGAUCUACACGCUGGACUUCAACUCCACCGUCGACGUCGUCCUUCAAAACGCGAACACGCUGCAGCCGAACGACAGCGAGAUCCACCCGUGGCACAUGCACGGCCACAACUUCUGGGUUUUGGGGUACGGUGACGGCAAGUUCCAGCGAGGGGACGAGGAGGCGUUCGAGAAGACGGGGAGGAGGCCGCCGCUGAAGAACACGGCGGUGAUAUUCCCGUUCGGGUGGACGGCGCUGAGGUUCGUCGCCGACAACCCGGGGGCCUGGCCGUUCCACUGCCACAUCGAGCCGCAUUUGCAUAUGGGGAUGGGAGUUGUGAUCGCCGAAGGUGUGGAUCUUCUUGGGGAUGUCCCCAAGGAGACACUUUCCUGUGGGUUGACCGGGAUGAUGUUUUCUUCUGGUAAUGGGGAGAAGGAGGGGCACAAUUAAGAAAAAAGAAUGUGUAAUGUUUCAAUAAUUCGAGUUACUAGUUAUAAGUGAUUUGAAGUUUCAUGAAUAAACUAAUUAUAAGUGAUUUGAAAUUUUAUGAAUAAACUACUUACGAAGAUAACGGUACUUUUCAUAGGUAUCCAGUUGACCACAAUAAUGGCGAAUGAGUGUUUUAAUCUCUAGUUUCUUGACAAUUCAAAGGUUUUAAAUUUUUGAAUUGUUGAUUUUUUUUUAAAUUUUGUUGUUUGGUAAGUGGAGGUUGUUUACCUUUAAUAAAAAGUAGAAAUUCUAAUUUUUUUUUAUCAAAUAACAUGUAAACAAACAAGCGUUAGAAUCAUAGUGGCUCGAGAAAUAUUGAUACUUUAUUGAGGAGAGAAGAAAAUAAGAUUAAAUUUUUUUCUCCAUAAAACAAUGUAUAAAAUCUCUUUGAUUAUGAGAAAUUUGAUAUCUCUAGAUUUUAGAGAUCUUAAAUUUUCAAAGUUAAAGUUCCAUUAUACAAAAAAAGAAUUAACUUUCUGCUAAGUUCGUUGUUUGUCUCAAAAUGCGAACUUAGGGUAUGUUGGAUGUUCGUGUUCUCAUAUUAUCACUAAGUCUACCUGUUAAAAUGUGAAUAAUAUAAUUUAGGGGUCGUUUGGAAGUUGUGAUUGUUAGAGUUGUGUUUGUUGAAUACAUGUAUUGUGCACAAUACAAUGUUUGGAAGUGUCAAAAUGUUAAACAAUGCAUGCAUUGUUUUAGGUAGGUCCCACCAACAAUCACAAAAAUGAUGCAUUAUACAAUCUCAACUAAAAGUUGUGAUUGUUGGUUUUAGAUUUGUGUCAACUUUCCCCCAAUAGUUUUUGUCUUAUUCUAAAAGUUGAGUAUAAAUGUGACAUUUAUCCAUAAAGUAACUUUAUGUAAAUCAACGCAUAAAGUAGAAUCUCAACAACCAAACAAUGUAUUGUUAAAAUGCAUCCAUUGUAUCAAUACAUGCAUUUAUAUUAAGGUGAUUCAUUACAAUGCAACGAUUUAACAUUCACAACUUCCAAGAGAAUAAGACGAUUUUUCAACUUCAUAAUAACAAUAUCCCAAUUAGAACCAUGCCACGGAGAAUCAUAGCUUUUUUGAGAAAAUAUCACUGUUGUUAUCAUACAUAAUUUUCUGGUCAAGGUUUAAAGGUUAGUCCAAUUUCUUCUAGAAAAGAUGUGGGUUUUGUUUUAAUUUGCUUGACUUUGAAGGUGUAAUUGUUUUUGUGUUUAAGGAGUACUACCGUCCACAUAUUUCUUCGUCCACAUUCAAGAGCAGUCACGAGAGCAAAAGAAGAGAAAAAGACAAUAGUUCUUGAGAGUGAUAAUGGAGAAAGGAGUCUAGGUCGAGAGAAGUCUACAUCUCCAUGCACAUAUCGUUUGAGCGAUGGUCUGAAGGAGAUCAAAUUUGGGUUUAACUGCUUAAGUCAUUUGGACCCUCCACUAAGAUAUUCUUUUGGUUCCUCCGAGAACAUCACAACUGGUCUCGAGGUAAGUCGAACACGCCCACAAUUCUAGAUCGAGGGUCUUUCGAAAGUUUUACCAGUUAGACUAUGCAUGUGACCUUUGACAUCGAGAAGUCUUCAAUAACUCAAGUUGUAUGUGAAAGACAAAUGCUAUAUAUUCUCUUCUAUGUAAAAGGAAUAUUAAUUUCUCAUAUUGUACAUAGCACCCUCAUAUCAUGUGUUGGAAGCAAUAUUUAAUAUUAAGUUAUUGACAAUAUGAACACCGGAUAUUUUCAACAAAGAGGCUCUAAUAUUUAUAUGAUGUCAGUAAUCAAUUAAUUCCUAAUAGCUCGAGAAAAUGAAAUAAAAAUAAUGAAUCUUA